AUGACUAUUCAGGACGACUCUAUUUGGGCUGCUGGUUUUGCUACAAACAUACACAAGUACCUACAAAACCUAGACUACUUCACUGAGAUAUCCAACUAUGAUUUUCUAUUGCAUACCUGGUCGCUGGCAGUUGAAAUUCAAUUUUACUUAAUCGUCCCAGUGCUAAUGGUACUUCUGUCAGUACCAUUUGCAGGAAAACUUUUAUGGUGCGCUGUUUUUUUUUCAUCUUUAUGGUACAACAUAACAGCUACUGGACCUCUUCAGUUUUCCUCUCUUCAAAGCCGAAUGUGGCAGUUCAUAUGUGGUGGAAUAGUUAACAUUCUUCCGAAAGAGUACCAGAAUUCUCUCGUUCUUGUUCCUGGAUUGGUUUUAUUAUCGCCAGUGACUUUUCUGUUGCCACUAAGCGCAGCUAUUCUUCGCCUUAUAUGUACUCUCAGUGCUGCAACGGUGAUAUACUUCGGUAAUGAGCUCACGAAUAAGUACGUUCUGGGCAAUUCGGUCCUUUGUUUCGUCGGAGAUGUUUCGUACUCUGUUUACCUUUAUCAUUGGCCAACUAUCAUAUGCUAUCAUCGCCUUGGAACUAUCGAUUUUCCUCGGUUACCUGUCAUAUAA